AAAAAGAAGAAGAUAUAUUUAAUGAAGUUGAGUGGAUCAUGGUGAAAGAAAGCUCUCCCACCCCCCACAUAGCAAUGUCUCACUCCCAUUUCCUAUCACAAGAGCCAUCCACUAACCAUAAUCACAGCUUUUCGGCUUACCAUCCUGACCACUCAUCCUUCAAACUUUCCGAUUAUCUGAUCUUCGAUGACGGCCCCGACGAAGACCCAGCGUCGUCAAUCAUCGGAUUCAGGCAGAAUCCGACUUUUCCAACGAUGGAGAUCGUUGGUGAUUCAGACCAAAACGGCGAUAAUAGCUCUAUUAGUAGCAUUGAAAGUGGAGAGAAGAAUAUUUCAAUGGACUUCGGGGUUCGGAUUGCAUUUAGAACAAAAUCCGAGCUUGAAAUCUUAGAUGAUGGAUUCAAGUGGAGAAAAUAUGGAAAGAAGACCGUCAAGAACAGCCCAAAUCCAAGGAAUUACUACCGAUGCUCAAACGGAGGGUGCCCAGUGAAGAAGAGAGUCGAAAGAGAUCGAGAUGACCACAGUUAUGUGAUCACAACAUAUGAGGGAGUGCAUAACCAUGAGAGCCCAUGUGUGGUUUACUGUACUCAGGACAGCUUUGGUGUGGGCUCCUCUAACCAGAGGCCAUUGAAGGCUCCACAUCCAUGGUCCUUACAGGCAGCACACUCCGCUUCGUAGAUGUCAUUGGCUGAUGCUUUUGUUGGGAUUUAGAUCGAGUUGUAGUGUAAAUGAGAUUUUCCAACAUGUGGAGUGAGGGCUUGGACAUCUCUAUUUUGAAUUUUGAUGUUGAUAGAUGAACAGCUAGUGUAAAAUUAAGUAUAUGGUUGUGAUUGUCUUUCAUGAUCAUGGCCCCCUCUCUCUCUGAUAUGUAAGUGCUCACAUACAUGUGACUGUUUUAGUAAUGUCAAAACCUUGAGAAUGGAAGGAUACUUGCCUGAGUA